UAGUGAUUCAUGUUGAAGAGAUUAUCUGUUUAUUGUUUUAUCUGUUUUACAGCGUUAUAAUGGCGUACACGGCACACGGCUCUCGUAUGCAAAUGAAUAGGAUGGAUUCUACGUCGAGUAUUGUAUUACCCCGAGCGCAACGGAUCGUCAACGGCAACCGGAAAUAUUUACGGGACACCCUUCGGAGCACGGACGCCGCCCUAUCAUUAUCGGCCGCUUUGCCGGAUUUAUUGAAAGCGAUCCGGCACGUGCCAAAUGAUCAUUACGCCCCGGUCGUUAAGAGCCAGCACAUGCUCAUGUUUAUAUCGCGGCGCAUUUCCGCACUCGUCUCUCCCACAGAUCUGUCCGAGACUCGGCACGAGGGCAACCCAAAAUUUCCUCUAUCGACUGGCGCGAGUCCACGUAUGCCGUGCCGACGAAUGGCCUGUGCCAGCUGAUGAGGCGGAAGGCACGUAAAGAGAUAAAGCGGCGAAACGGAGGGACGAGACACAGAGGGAUGCCUGUGAUGGGAGGAGGAAGGCGAGCGGGAGGGUGGUAAGAAACGCGGAGUGGGAGAAGAACGGCGAGCGGGUACGGGGAGAAAGAGAGAGAGAGAGAGAGAGAGAAAUCAACUUUUAUUUGCCCGGAACGUCGUUAGGGGUAAGUGGAGGACCGAAGGGUGGCCGGACGUAAUGGCGCCCCUCAACCCAACCUCGGCUCUUGCCUUCCGGUAUCCGUAGCGUGUCUAUCGUGCUUCUUCAUCCCGCUCUCCCGGUCCACCUCGCUCCCCAUCUUCCUACUUUCCCCCUUUUUAUCUCUCGAUCUGAGAAGCACCCGCGUGUCUCUGUCCGCCUAUCUAUUGGCGAGUGUUCGGCCGUUAUCAAAUUGGCGAUGUCUCGGCCGGGAGUUUCACCGGAAGUGAAGCGUCGGAC